CUACCGUCUGUGAAAGCGACGCAAAAAGAGACUUCGACUAAAAAAACAAUUGCCAGGACAAAGAGUUGACGUACAUUAAGUAUAUUUUUGCUUAUAUUUCCUUGAUAUUACUUCACGUAUCUCCCGAAGUGAGUAGGUGAAUCAAAAUGGAUUUCCAUGGACAGAAAUUUUCGACUGAUGGACAACACAGCAAUUUUUCUGACCGUGGUGGCGGCAGAAGAGGGAGAGGACGUGGAUUUCGGAGCUCGUUUUCUUCAGGUGCUCCUGCAAUGCUAUGUACAGUAAAUGCAGGGAAUGAAGAAAAUGACAAUGAAACGAACAAUUGGAGAGACGAUGGAGAGAAAGGAUCAUUUAGAGGAAGAGGCGGCAGAGGUCGUGGCUUUGGUGGAACUAAUCGGAGAACAUUCAACGGGGAAAAUGAUUCAUCCGAGAAAAAUGACUUCAGAGGGGAACGAAGAGGCAGAGGUGGCCGCCGUGAUGGUGAUGACAGAGGCAGCUUUGGAGGAGGAUAUCGUGGACAGAAUGAAGAGAUUUUCACCCAAGUAGAUGCUAAAGACUCAGGGCCAGAUAACCCAGAUGGUGAUGCCCGACCAAAAGUCACCUAUGUUCCUCCAGCCCUCCCUGAAGAUGAGGAUUCUGUGUUUAUGCACUAUCAGCAGGGCAUUAAUUUUGAUAAGUAUGAUGAAAUCACUGUGGAUGUUAGUGGAACCAACCCACCACCUGGCAUAAUGUCUUUUGAAGAGGCAGCCUUGUGUGCAUCCCUGCAAACAAACAUCAGCAAAUCUGGUUAUUCAAAGCCCACCCCAGUUCAAAAACAUGGCAUACCAAUCGUCUCUGCUGGUCGAGAUCUUAUGGCCUGUGCCCAGACUGGAUCUGGAAAAACUGCUGCAUUCCUGCUGCCAAUUCUGCAGCAGCUAAUGGCUGAUGGUGUGGCUGCCAGCAGCUUCUGCGAGCAGCAGGAACCAGAAGCUAUCAUUGUUGCCCCUACCAGAGAGCUCAUCAACCAGAUUUUCCUUGAAGCAAGGAAAUUCAGCUACGGGACAUGUGUGCGCCCUGUGGUGGUAUAUGGUGGGGUAAACACUGGAUUUCAGCUAAGAGAAAUUUCCAAGGGCUGCAACAUAGUGUGUGGAACACCAGGGAGAUUGCUGGAUGUGAUUGGAAGAGGAAGGAUUGGGCUCACUAAACUGCGGUACCUGGUUAUGGAUGAGGCUGACAAGAUGUUGGAUAUGGGUUUUGAGCCUGAUAUGCGUCGCCUGGUUGGUUCGCCCGGCAUGCCACCCAAAGAGAAUCGCCAGACUCUGCUCUUUAGCGCUACUUUUCCGGAAGACAUCCAGAGGUUGGCUGCAGACUUCCUCAAGACUGACUACUUGUUCCUGGCUGUUGGCGUAGUAGGUGGUGCUUGUACUGAUGUUCAACAGACAAUUGUCCAAGUCAGCAAGUUCUCAAAGAGAGAGAAGCUUACUGAACUUCUUGGGGCCACUGGACAAGAGCGAACAUUGGUGUUCGUGGAAACGAAGAGACAAGCUGAUUUCAUCGCCACUUUCCUGUGCCAAGAGAACCUUCCAACGACCAGCAUUCACGGGGAUCGCGAACAGCGUGAACGAGAGCAGGCUUUGUCUGACUUCAAGAGUGGCAAAUGUCCCAUUCUCGUCGCAACAUCGGUUGCUGCCCGCGGCUUGGACAUUCCAGAUGUUCAGCACGUGGUGAACUUUGACCUUCCUAAAAACAUUGAUGAGUAUGUCCACCGCAUCGGCAGAACCGGCCGCUGUGGUAAUGUUGGCAAGGCGGUGUCUUUCUACGACGCAGAGGUCGAUGGGCAUCUAGCUCGCUCCUUGAUCACAAUCUUGUCCAAGGCGCAACAAGAAGUGCCCCCAUGGUUGGAGGAAUCUGCAUUUAGUGGAGGUGCCACAAGUUUCAACGAGUUUGGCUCCUCAGACUCCAGGAAGUUUCAACGGGCAGGGGGUGAGAGCUCACCAGCCCCCCAGGCUUCUUCAGCAGCAGCUGACAAUGAUGAUGAUUGGGAGUAGAGAUGAUGGCUCACUUAUUUAGCACAGUUUUUUGUUGUGUUCAACAGUGCUAUGUGUUUUGAGUGUGGACCAAAAAUUUUCAAUGAAAACACCUCUGAAGAUGUUAGUUGAGAGAAAUGUUUGUUUGUAUGGUGUUUAUUCAUUCAUCCAAGGAUUUAAAAAUAUUGCAUUUAUUUUCAUUAGUUUCUUCACAAUUUAAAUUGGAAUCAUUCAAAUAUGGGAGAAUCUGAGGGACCUGUCAUUUAAGACUUCUACUUGGAAAAUAAUAAAUAUUUGUUCUGAGCAAAUACAACUGGAAUUUAUG